AUGAUAGCUGCGCCACCUCCGCAAACUUCAUUUGGAUCGACAGCAACAGGAAGAGUCGCGCCAGACAAUGAUGGUGCUUCACUUAACACCGCUGGAGGCGCUUUUGGGUCAUCUACAAAUUCUUACAAACUCGUUGGAUGUGUUCAAAGCAGGCCCGAAGAACAGCCAACGAAAGCUGGAAAGAUUGUUUUUCAAAGCCGAAUUCCAGUACCUAAAAAUAGAUUUGCUGCUACUACGACCACUGAAACGGAAACUAAUACUUUGAAGCCUUGUAUAGCAUCAGCCGAUCCACCACAAUACACUGAAGGAUCAUCUGAAGAAUCCGAUCAAAGAAAGCCUCUUGGUGGUGCAUUUUGUAGUUCAAAUCAAGCUAAACAUUUGGGAGGUUCUUUCGGAAGUAUGAAUAAGCCACUUGGAGGUGCAUUUGGUAGCAAAUCACAAGCCAGUAUAGAGAAUCCGAAACCAAUAGGUGGAAGCUUUGGAAUGUCUCAUAAGGCGGGAUUUACUGAUGGAAAUGAAUGCACUAGUACUCACAAAAUGUUGGGUGGCUCGAUCGGAAGCAAAUCUUCGAAUGAGAAUAAAGGAGGAAUGUUUGAAAAUGGUCGAUUAGCCACGUCAACUUCGCACGAGUCAACUACUUUCUCCUGGAACAACAGAUGUCUAUUAUCGACCGAAAAUACAGAAAGGCAACAAAAUUCCACUUUGCGUGGAUGUGGCUAUAGUAUGAAAACAGAAGAAACUCAGACAAGUCCAAUCGAGACAACGUCGCCACCAUUUUAUAAAAACAGUGAAACACGAAUGAGUUUUGGAUACGCAAAUGACGAAAACAUUCCAGGCAGUUUCGUUCCGACGGCAAGUGACCGAGGCGCCUUUCGAGGAGGGUACAGAGGAGGUCGUGGUGGUAUGAUGAUGGAUCAUGGUCAAGGUCAGCCUGGCAGUUUCCGUGGACGUGGUGGAGUUUUUUCUGGUGGACUCGGUAGAGGAGCACAAACCGGAUAUGUGCCUCAAAAUCCAUUUGUUCUUCCAGCAGCACAGUCGUAUAUUGAUCCAGCUACUAAACCUAUUGUUCCCGUUCCUGUAGAAGCUCUUGAUAAAGCAAUGGUUCCCGAAGAAAUUGCACUACUCAAUAAGUAUCUUCACAAAGAAGUUAAUAUGAUGAAAGACGCAAAAAUCGAUAUUCAACGAAAUGAUCCGACAUCUCCACUUCAUUCAAUUGGCUCGUUUAGGGAGCUUAGAUUAAAAGAUGAAGUUUUAAAAGCCCUCGAUUCUCUUGGAUUUGAAUUUCCAACAAGAAUCCAAGAAACAGCUCUUCCAUUGCUUCUUAUGGAGCCACCGCAUAAUUUAAUUGCUCAAGCUCAGUCGGGAACUGGAAAAACUGCAGCCUUUGUACUUACAAUGUUGUGUCGAAUUGAUGUGAACCUGACAUAUCCACAGUGUAUCUGCUUAGCGCCAACAAUCGAAUUGGCAAAACAAAUUGGGGAAGUGGUCGAAAAGAUGGGAAAAUUCAUGAACGGAUUAAGAAUCCACUAUGCUCUUCGUGGAUCAGCUACUCGUGGUGCUAAAUUGACGGAGCAAAUUGUAAUUGGAACUCCACGAAUGAUACAAGAUUAUAUUAUCAAAUAUCAAUCGAUUGAUCCAUCCAAAAUUCGUUGUCUUGUUCUUGACGAAGCCGAUGUCAUGAUUUACCAACAAGGCUUUACGGAUAUUAGCACUUCGAUUUACAAUACAAUCGAAGAAGCUUCGGAUUGUGUACAAUCAAUGCUGUUCUCAGCAACAUACGACGCUCCUGUUAUUGAAUUUGCCACGAAAUUGGUUAAAAACGCAAUUGUUGUUAUGUUGAAACGAGAAGAACAGGCACUGCCAAACAUUAAACAGUUCUAUGUGUCAUGUUCAUGUAGGAAUACAAAAUUUGCGGCUAUUGUCGAUUUAUACAGUGGCUUGGCCGUUGCUUCUUCUGUAAUAUUUUGUCAUACGAAAUCGAGCGCUGACUGGAUAGCACAACAAUUGAGGUUGCGUGGUAAUGUUGUGGGAGUGUUGCAUGGUGGAAUGAAUGUUGAGGAACGAGCCAAAUCAAUUAUCGAUUUCAAACGUGGCGAAUUUAAUGUGUUGAUCACUACGAAUGUCCUUGCGAGAGGAAUUGAUGUUCCUCAAGUGUCAGUUGUGAUUAAUUACGAUCUACCGAUCAAGCAUGACGCAAAUGACAAGCCAGUUGUCGUAAAUGGAGUUAUACAACCCGACUGUGAAACAUACCUUCAUCGAAUUGGAAGAACUGGAAGAUUCGGAAAAUCGGGAAUUGCAAUCAAUUUGAUUUCUGGCGAGAAUGAUAUCAAAAUGAUCAAGAUUCUCGAAUCACACUUUGAAAUGAAAAUCGAGAAAUUGGAACCGUCAAAGUUAUCAGACUUGGAGAAUAUUCAAGAUGUGGACUAUUAG